GCUCCUGGAUUUUUCUGCCAUCCCUCCACAAGCUGGCAGUUACCCGGGAGCCUUCCCCAGGAGCUGGCGGAGAAAUGAGCCCUUCUGGGAGGAGGAUGGACAAAGGGCACCGGGAGCAGGGGGCUCCGGCCGGGAGGCGUCUUCCGAUGCCGGCGAGGAGAGGGUCGCCCGGCAGGGGCGGCGGCGACGCCACGGGGGCUCAGCGCUUCCUGCUCCGGCUCUUCAUGCACGCGUGGUUGUGGGCGGCUUCGGGCUCAUCUGCCCAGGUGUUCAACCUCAGCCUUUCCGUGGACGAGGGACUUCCUCCGGACACUCUAGUAGGCGACAUCCGCGCCGGGCUGCCCGCUGCACAGCAGCAGGAGGCGGGCGGCUUCUUUCUAUCCGAGGAUUCCGAUGACUCACCACUGUUGGACGACUUCCACGUGCAUCCGGACACCGGCAUCAUCCGCACGGCGCGGUGCCUGGACCGCGAGCGGCGGGACCACUAUAGCUUUGUGGCCGCCACGCUGCUGGGUGCCGUGGUGCAGGUGGAGAUCCUCGUCAACGACGUGAACGAUCACUCCCCCAGCUUUCCCCGAGACUCCCUGCAACUCGACGUCUCCGAGCUUAGCCCUCCAGGUACCGCCUUCCGCCUGCCAGGUGCCCACGACCCGGACGCCGGCCUGUUCAGCACACAGGGCUACACCCUGGUGCAACCGUCCAACCUUCCCGAGGACCCCGCAGGGCCGUUCUUCCAGUUGCGCUACGGAAAUCCGGGGUCACCACCGUCGCCACUGUCGUCGUCACCCCCGGAGCCCCUGGACCUGGUGCUGCUGCGGCGCUUGGACCGAGAAGCGGCGGCGGCACACGAGUUGCAGAUCGAGGCAUGGGACGGCGGCCACCCGCGGCGCACGGGCCACCUGCGCGUGGAGCUGCGCGUGCUGGAUGAGAACGACAACCCCCCGGUCUUCGAGCAGAGCGAGUACCGCGCCGCCGUGCGAGAGGACGCUCGGCCGGGAGCCGAGGUCUGUCGCGUUCGCGCCACCGACCGGGACCUGGGGCCCAAUGGCCACGUGCACUACAGCAUCCGCGCCCGGCAGGCGCUCGGGCCACUGGGCGACGCGGCCUACUUCGCGGUGGAGGAGCUGAGCGGUGUGGUGCGGGUACAGAGGCCGCUGGACCGCGAGGCACAGGCCUGGCACCAGCUGGUGGUCGAGGCCCGCGACGGAGGGGCCGAGCCCGAGGUCGCCACGGUGCGCGUGUCCAUCGCAGUGCUGGACGUGAAUGACAACCCGCCCGCCAUUCACCUGCUCUUCCUCACCGAGGGUGGGGCCGCGCGCGUUUCCGAGGGCGCCGCGCUCGGCGACUACGUGGCUCGCGUCUCCGUGUCCGACGCGGACGGGGACCCGGAGGAGGAAGAGGAGGCCAUCGGAGAACCCGGUGUGGGUCUCGGAGGCGGAAGCAUCUCGUUGUCCUUGGAGGGCGGGGAUGGAGCCUUUGCGCUGCGCUCUGGCGGCUCCCCGGGGGUAUUUUUCCUUUGCGUCGAGGGGCCCCUGGACCGCGAGAGCCGCGACCUGUAUGACUUGCGGCUGGUAGCCACGGACGCGGGCUCCCCGCCGCUGAGCACCGAGGAGACGCUGCUGCUCCGGGUCGCCGACCUCAAUGACCAGCCGCCUCGCUUCAGCCGGGAGCAUUACCUGGCCUCGGUGUCAGAGGCCGCGGCCCCCGGCACCGCGGUGGUGUGGGUCAGCGCCUCUGACGCGGACCAGGCUGGCACCGACCACGCCCGGCUGCGCUACACGCUGGUCCACCUUCCGGUUCGCUGCAACCCGGAAGGUGUGUGGCCCGCAGCGGAGUGCGGACCGUCCUUCACUAUUGAUCCCGAAAGCGGCGUGAUCAGCACCAUCCGCAGUCUGGACCGAGAGGUCCAGGAGGCAGUAGAGUUGAGAGUGGUAGCCCAGGACCUCGGAGAACCCCCGCUCUCUGCCACCUGCCUGGUGAGCAUCACCGUGGACGACGUGAAUGACAAUGAGCCCGUCUUCAGGAGGCAGGUGUACAACGCCACCCUUGCGGAGCAUUCCCCGGUUGGACACUGCUUUUUGCAGGUGAGUGCGUCGUGCUUCUGGAUCAACUUCUGGAUUCCAGGAAGAACUGGAAAGGGAGGUCAAGAUUAAGUCUGUCCAGGGAAGGAACAUUGUGACCUAGGUGGUUGUACCCUAGCUCCAAAAGC